UUUACAAGUGCAAAACCAAAAUGAGUUCGGAAGAAAUUUUCACAUAUUUCGACAUCUUCGAUUACAUUGUAUUUGGUGUAAUGUUGAUUGUAUCAUCUCUAAUUGGUGUUUAUUUUGCUUUCUUUGCCAAAAUUAAACAAGACACCACUUCCGAGUAUCUCAUGGGAGGUAAAACGAUGGGAAUAUUUCCAAUAUCAAUGUCACUCAUCGCCAGUUACAUUUCUGGUAUAAGUAUUCUGGGAAUCCCGGCCGAGAUCUACACUUACGGGACGCAAUUUUGGAUGGUUUUAGCGUCCAAAGCUCUAGUCUCCUUAACAAUGGCUUUUGCUUACUUGCCAGUCUUUUACAAAUUACAAAUAACGUCAAGUUACGAGUAUUUAAAUCUCCGUUUUAACUCAACUGUACGUUCACUCGGCUCUAUUCUCUUCUUAACAAAAAUGAUGCUCUACAUCCCUAUAGUCAUCUACGUCCCAGCGUUAGCUUUCAGCCAAGUCACUGGAAUUAAUCUGCAUUUGGUGUCCCCGGUUGUGUGCAUCGUUUGUAUUUUUUACACGACUUUGGGGGGCUUAAAAGCGGUCGUUUGGACUGACACCAUCCAAACGAUCAUGAUGUUCGCAGCGUUGAUCGGUGUUUUGGUUCUUGGGGUCGCCAGUGUGGGAGGAUUUGACGAAGUGUGGCGGCGAAAUGAAGAAGGAGACAGAAUCGACUUCUUCAAUUUCGAUUGGGAUCCUACAAUAAGACACACUUUUUGGACUGUUGCAAUUGGAAAUUACUUCUCGUGGUUGGCUUCGUGCUCCAUAAACCAAGCAAUGGUUCAAAGAUGUCUCGCUAUGCCCACACUGAAAUCUGCUAGAAUAACUGUGGCCAUUCUUGUGGUUGGUAUAAUGGCACUAGUGUCAAUGUGUUGUUUCAUGGGUUUGAUCAUUUAUGCUUAUUAUUACAAAUGUGAUCCUAUAACUAGAGGAUUAGUUCACAAAUCCGACCAAUUACUGCCUUUUUUUGUAAUGCAUAUUGCGUCAUCGAUGCCCGGAUUGCCCGGACUGUUCGUCAGUGGGGUUUUCAGUGCGGCUCUAAGUUCCAUGUCCACUGGUUUAAACUCGAUGACGGGCGUGAUAUUCGAAGACUUAAUAAAGCCCCGGAUGAAGAAACCGCUCUCUGAAGCCCGAGCCAGUCUCCUGAUGAAAAUCAUCGUUGUGAUAAUUGGGAGUAUUUGCGUGGGUCUUGUUUUCGUCGUUGAGAAAAUGGGGGCUUUGAUUCAAGCCACGGGUAGUUUAAGUGCCAUCACUGCCGGCCCCCUUUUGGGGAUUUUCUCCCUGGGGAUGUUCUUCCCUAACGCCAAUCCCAAGGGGGCACUGACCGGGGGUUUGGUCAGUGGGUGCCUAAUCGGGUGGAUUUCCGUCGGCACGCAAAUGAACAUGGCUCAGGGGGUUAUCAGAUUUCCGCAGAAAUAUGUCUCGAUUGAGGGGUGUAACGCCGAUUGGGUCGCGGAGUAUUUGAGUUUGACGCUGUCAAAAGACACUAAAGAAAUUCCAGUAGAGUCGCCUUUUGUGCUCUAUAGGCUCUCCUACAUGUACUACACCCUCGUGGGGGCUGUUACGACCAUUGUGGUGGGGUUUGUAGUAAGUGUCUUGACGGGGGGUAACACACACAUCAAUCGAGAUUUGUUAUCACCGGUGAUUUACCCGUUCUUGAAACAACAAAAAGUGGAAAAACAACAAAACGAUGUGAUUAAGGAAAAUUCGCUAUAAAUGUAAUUUAAUUAACUGCAAAAAUAAAUAGUAG